GGCUUCUUGCUUGUGGUGUUCUUUGAUGUCACUCUGCAGUGAUUGAUAAAUGAGAGUUUCUUAAUAUAAGUUGGAGGCUGAAGGAUGUGGGACUCCUAUUUUAGCGGAACCCAUCCACGAGCCCAUUUGGACCUACAUCUUCACCUGAAGCGAAGGGGUGAGAAAGGGCCAGACCCUUUUAGAGCUAUCCUCCGUAGCAAAAACAUCGUAUUCACGUACUGGUCUUUUCCUCUUGCGCCGCUUUCCCCGAAGGUGUCAGGUACCGUCUUGUCCAACUUUGAUUCUUACAAUUUAACCUGUUUCAUUGAAACAAGCUAAUAUGUCAGCCCCUUUUCACCGCCGUUUACGCGACAAGAUCUGGCCGGAACCUCUACCUCCUUCUGCCACCUUCAAGAGCAAAACAGUCCUAGUGACUGGAGCGACAUCUGGCCUAGGUCUCGCGGCAGGAGUUCACUUCGCAUCUCUCGGCGCAAGAGUCAUCUUGACCUCGCGCGACCUGUCUCGUAGCCAGUCAGUAAUAAACCAUGUGGAGCAUCAUGCCAACGCCGUCGGGGAGGGGAAAGUACAUGUUAUGGAGCUUGACAUGGAUCAGUACUCUUCGUGUGUAUCAUUCAUACGGCGCUUAGAACACAGUGAGAUAUGCCGUACAGGUCUCGACGUAGCUGUGUUGAACGCCGGCAUUAUCAACGUCGAAUUCACGAAGAGCUCGGCUGGCUGGGAGCAGACGAUCCAAGUAAACACUCUCAGCACCACUCUCUUAGGACUACUCUUACUGCGGUGGAUGAAGCAUACUGCGAAAGGCGCCAAAUGCCCGCCACAUCUGGUCUUCGUCACAUCUCGUGAUCACUUGGAUCCUGACAUAACUGAAUGGCCGAGGUGGCAUGAACAAGGAGGUAUACUGGAGCACUUCAGUGACAAAGGGGCAUGGCCAUCUCACAUGCUAGAGCCAAACUACGCUGUCAGCAAGCUGAUGCUGACUUAUGCUGUGGAGAAUAUAUGCAGAUUAGCGGCACACCUAGAGGAUCAAGAAGGAGAUGUCAUUGUGAACAGUGUCUGUCCUGGACUAGUGAGCACCAACUUGGGGCGUUCGAUCACAGGAACGUCUCGCUUGAUGCAGGUCUUGUCUUGUUUGUAUCUGGGGCUCAUGGCGAAGUCGACAGAUUACGGCGCAAGAUUCUACGUCACGGCCGCAAACACAUCACAAGAAGAGCACGGUAAAUAUAUACAGUCAUUAUUCACGGACGAGGAAUAUCGUAGGUUGGCAGCCCCUAAUUUGACGAGUACUGAGGGGAGAAGAGUGAAUGAGAUGGUGUGGUGGGAAAUAAUAACUGAACUGAAGACACAACUUCCAACAUUAAUGGGUUGGGUCAGAAAUCCAUGAGGAGAUAAUAGACAUAGCACAACGUUAGACGUCAUCAAUCCCUUCGGUCUUCCGCAUCCUCAGAGGGGUAUUAAUAGAAUCCUAUGAUGGUUAAUGAAGGUUUGCUCAAUAUCAAUCAGUCUAUCAAAGUUGCGACAUAGCUAAGUCUCUGUGCUGAGUUUGUUAGCUUCUGUUGAAAGCUCCUGUUCAUUAGUCAUAUUCAACACCAGAAUCAACAAACUAAGAGGAAUGGUGUGCCUCUAUUAAUGGUACAUGAGAAGUCGAGGCCAA